CCCACAUGCAUCGUCUUUGCAAUUGGGAGAUGAAAUUAUGUCAACAGUUAGAUGGGUAUACCUGCCUUCCAACAUUAUCCAAAGAUGCUUGUACGGACAAUUUAGCGCGUUAAUUAAACCGAGUUCAAAACUAACUAUCGAAUUUUGGUUAUGGUACCGAAUGAUGUAUGAAAAGGGUUACUCUCAAGCUUUAACUCAAUAUAACGUGCCAACGCAAAGAAGUUAUAAUCCUAAUCCUAGUUUAGAAACAUUAAAUCGCUUGCAUAAGAAACUGGAGGUUCUGGAUCGACAUUUAUCUUCCCUUCAAACCCUUCCGAAUAGGUCACGAUUACUAAAAUUCAGCUACGAAAAUUUGUCAAAUAAAUGUCCGACAUGCUCUGGUGAAUUACUAAGGGGUCAUUGCGAAAGAUGCAUUGUUAGGAAAGUCCCUGGAUUCAAAGAACGAUUAUCGUUGAUUGGUAGGAGAGUUAGUAAUAUCAAAAAGAACGUGUUCGAGAAGAGGGAUAUUUGUCCAGAUUGCAAGGUAAAUAAGAAGAGAUGUAGUUGCAAGGAUGUAUCUAAGAAACGGCAUUCAACAGUCAAAUUUCCCAAAGAGACGAAAGCGGAAAAGCCCGACGACAAAAUCGCGUCUCGCCUUAAGCAUCUCCAUCACAAGAAAUCUUUAACAACGAUAAAGACCCCAGGCGAAAUAAAGGUCAGAAGACGUUCUAGCGGAAUCUCCACCGUUUACAACGCAUUAACUUCAUUUAAAUCUAAGAAGGAGAGCGAAACAACGGAAACGGAUAGGCUCAGCUAUGUUUCAACACCCGAAAACGAAAUCCAAAGAAGGCCUCAUUCCAAAGCAGAUAUCAAAAAAUCGGAAUCGCCUACUUCCAGAAGAAAAUCGACUGUCAAGAUUGAACAAGAUCCUGAUCAAACAUUGGCCGAUUUCCCUCCUAGAGCGGAAAUGCACUUUGAUGCACCGUUAAUUGACAUUUUGCCCAAGGGACUCAUAAGAGAAACCCAAUUAUCCACAUUAUACCUAAUGGGAUCCAACAGAAUCAGUUCGAUAGAAGAGAAGGAUUCAAUACCAACUAAUAUUUGUUGGAAAAUGUUUUACACCAGUGGAUGGUCUCUGAUUAGACCUAUGCCAGAAGCAAAAUAUGAUCACACAGUGUGUUCUAUGUAUGGUGAAGUUUAUGUUAUAGGAGGAAAAAAAUUAGAUCAUAAAAUUACUGAUGAGGUAUGGGCUUACACUAUUGUGACAGAUAGUUGGAGACCGAUAAAUAAUUUGAACGAAGAAAAAUACGGCUGUGCGGCAGGUGAGUAUCAAAGACAAAUUUAUGUGGCUGGCGGCAUCAAUUCCGCCAAAGGCACGCUACAAAUUUUAAACUCGGUGGAGGUUUUUGAUCCUUUUGUAAAAAUUUGGAAAAAGGCUAAGCCCUUAAAGAAACCAUUAUGUCAUGCCAAUUUGAUAGAAGUUAAUGGCUUUAUGUAUUUGAUUGGCGGAGCUACUGGUAUUCCUCCAUGGAAUUUUAUCCCAUCUGAUGACAUUUAUCGCUACGACGUUGAAUACGAUAUCUGGGCUAAAUGCAAUAAAUUAACAAUCCCUCGUUAUAAAUUCGGGGUUAUGGCGAUUGGGAAAUACCUCUAUAUGAUAAACGGGCUAGGACUAAAUGAUAAAUUGAUCAAUUCGAUUGAACAGCUGGACACUGAAGAGGGCUCCUUUGGUACAGAGACCUUUUGCAAAUCGCCAUAUAUUAUCGAUAGCAUUAUAUGCACUUCCCAAAGGGGACAAUUAAAAGCAGAGACUUGGGAAAUCCCAUGGCCGAGUCUCAAGCUUGAUUGGGACAAACUACACUUAGAGGAUAAAAUAUUAGGACAAGGUCACUUUGGCCUUGUCAAAAAGGGUCAUUACAAAUGGGGAGACAUCGAUUUUGAAUUGGCCGUUAAAGUCCUUAAAGCUGCAGGCGUUGGGGGAGAUCCAUUAGCCGAACAAUCCGGCUUUAUAGAGAGCGUGAAGGAACUUAAUAUUAUGUCAAAGCUGGAGACUCACGAAAACAUCGUUAAUACGGUCGGGGCAACAAUCCAUGAAGGUCAAUUGUACAUUUGCAUCGAAUUUUGUACGAAUGGCGAUUUAAAGUCCUAUUUAAUUAAAGCUAAGAACUUCGACUCCGACUGCUCAAUAUUAAAGAUGUACGGUUUUGCCAUGGGUAUUGCUAAUGGCAUGGCCCAUUUAGCCAAACACGAAAUUAUUCACAGAGAUUUGGCAGCUAGGAACGUCUUAUUGGGGGACAAUCUUGUCCCAAAAGUCUGCGAUUUUGGCUUAGCACGUGGAGAUGGUCUCUACGUUAGGAAAAAAUACGGCAUCAAAAAUCUCCCCAUUAAAUGGCUGGCAGUAGAAUGUAUAACCCUCAAUAGAUACACCGAAAAAUCGGAUGUUUGGGCUUUUGGCAUUACUCUUUACGAAAUAGUAACUUUGGGAGAUAGCCCCUAUCCCGGUAUGUCUAAUGUGGAGGCUAAAAAUAAAGUUUUAGAGGGUCAUAGGAUGGCCAAGCCCCAACUUUGUGAUGCCGACUUAUAUUCAAUCAUGCAAUGGUGUUGGCUGGCUGAACCAGAUGAGAGACCAAAUUUCGCGGAGCUAACCGAAAGAUUAGAAUACCUGUACAAAGAAAAAGUCGCGAACUCUUUGAUUAAUAAUAGCUCAGUGAAAGCCAAAGAGACGGAGAAGGAGAGCUCCCAAAAAACGUUUGGCAAAAAAGUUGGCAGCACUUUAAGACAUCUAUUACAUCUAUAAAAAAGCAUAGCUUAGCGAUGUUACAAUUUUAAUUUUCAGUCA